UACAGACUUCAGAAUGUACCAGAUGAUGCAAUUGACCUAUCAAACUUCAACGUAGAGGUCAGUCAUGAGUACACCACACAGACGGAUGCUACAAGCUGUGGUGUUUGCAUAUGCAUAUAUGCGUGGAACGAAUGCAGCAAGGACAAGAAGUGUGACCCGAGCAGUUGCCGUUCUUUCAUAGCCAAAGAAAUUUUGAAUGCAGUGAAGGAUGUGGAACCAAAGAAUACAACAAAGGAAAUACGAAGCAAAUACGGACUGCGGGAGCAAGUUCCAGUGAAGAGAUUUUCGGAUUCGUGGUGUGCUGACCAACCUCUGCCAUUGAAACGAAUACGAAGACCUGAAUAUGCGGCAUUGAAGAUCCAAACACAGAAACCGAAUCCUGAGGUGCAGCUUAAAAGCACAAAAUGUGUCGAAAAGACGACAGUGACAAGAAAAGCCAUGCCGGUUCCUGCAGUAGACAUGAAGGAAUAUGGUGACCAACAAGUGAACAUACUUGCUGAUGAUCUCGAGGAGCUGAGGACUGUGGAACGAUCAGAAUUCCGAAAUGUGUUGGAAAAGAUAAUUGAUGAAGAUGUACCCAGGCUGUACCGGUACCCAACAAAUGAUACAGAAGAAGUACCUGAAGAGUUCAGGAGACAUGUGCUUUAUUUUCAACGAAAGAAGCUGGAGAGGAGCAGGGCCAUGUCCCACCUCAAUGCUGUUGGAUAUGCCAUACUGAUGCAGUCCAUGGAGACACAUUUGGUGACGAGGACAAGAGGUCCAAGACUUUAUGACAUCACAAAAAGAAAUCUGAUACUACCCGAUGUUGUACUACAAUUUGGACGUCCAAGGAACGACUAUUUCCUCAAAGUGGUGGAAGAUUUCAUUUUCUACCAUGCCAGAAAGCAUUUCGAAACAAGGCACACAGAUUCAUGACAGAUUGGAUAUGCGCUUAUUUAAGAGAAAGCGUUAUGAGUACAUAAGAGUAUAUCUAUUACAAAAAAUGAGGACCGGGUUGAUAUAAGAGUGAGUGAAAGGUUGAUACUGGAGUGAAUGAGUGAGUGACAUUAAGAAGAUAUGUUGUUUGAAUAUUGAAUAUUUGAUGUUUGUGCUUAGUGGAAGGCCAUAGAAAACUUGUUUAAUAGAAAUUAGCGUAAAGCAAUUGACAAAUUAUCCACUUAUUACAAGGCUGGAUAAGUGAAAGAGAGCUAAAUAUUCCAAUGAACAAAUACGCGAAAUUGCAGCAAAUUAAGAACAUGUAGUGUGCAAUUCAUGGGACUAAAUUAACUAUAAAAGUCGUGUUUGAACCCUAUUUACUACUAGAUUGUAAUCAAUACAUUAUAAAUAUGGGAACACUGCCCACUUCCUGGAAUGUACAAGCAAAACAACCGAAACUAAACAACACAUUAAAACACAAAUGUUAUUUCAGAAAGUGGUCAUAUGUAACAAGUGUCAUAUUUGGGACAACACUUUCUUAGUAAAGUACAAAUUCUCGCACUUUGUUUGGUUGAGUCCCUAUCUAAUUACCCACUCAGCCACCGAGGCUUACGCAAAAAUGGAAGUACGACUACUGGUAGUCUAGAUCACGUACUUUGUGUACCGUUCUGACAAGUGUAAAUUGGCACAGCUCCCAUGGCCGAAAGCU